AUGGCCUAUAGUUUCUUUUCUGAGGGUUCAAACAGUAAUAGAAGAAAAUUUCCUAGUAAGUACUCCAUCCUGCCCAUAUUAGAGAAUGACACUGCCAACUGGUUCCCGAAUUUGUCAGACGAAAGUGGCGAUUUCAAGAGGCUGAAGAGGACUACAAGUGUUGGCGAGUUCAUUGAAAAUAAUGCCAGCAGUGGCAGCAUAACGCGUGCCAAGAGCACAAGUAGUUUGAGCAAGCUUCAAUUUCGCGAUCAUAUAUGGACGUAUAGUCAACGGUAUCUAGCAGCUGAGGCUGUGGAGGAGGCAGCAGCAGCCAUUAUUCGUUCCGAGGAUGGGGAAAAGGAAGAAAAGAGCAAUGAGGAUGGAAUGAAAUUAGUCCAACAGCUCAUUUCUUGUGCUGAGGCUGUGGCUUGUAGGGACAAAUCACACGCCUCGUUUCUAUUAUCUGAGCUUCGGGCUAAUGCUUUGGUGUUUGGCUCGUCCUUCCAGCGAGUGGCAUCAUGUUUUGUCCAGGGACUUGCUGAUAGGUUGGCUCUGGUCCAACCCCUUGGCACGGUUGGUUAUGGCAUGUCUAAGAUGAACAUUGUGGAAAGCGGUUUGGAGAGAAAUGACGAGGCUUUACGCCUCGUUUAUGAAAUUUGUCCUCACAUUCAGUUUGGUCAUUUUGUAGCCAAUUCUUCAAUAUUGGAAGCCUUUGAGGGAGAGAGUUCAGUGCAUGUAGUGGACUUGGGCAUGACCCUUGGCCUACCACACGGUUACCAAUGGCGCCGCCUGAUCCAGAGCCUUGUUAAGCGUACUAGGCCACUUCCUCGACUCCGUAUCACCGGGAUCGGUCCGUGUGCCAAAAAGCUUCAAUCCAUAGGAAAUGAGCUUGAGGCUUAUGCGCAAAGUCUAGGACUGAGUUUGGAGUUUUCGGUUGUUGAAAGCAACUUGGACAACCUUAAACCUGAACAAAUCAAGGCACUUCCCGGAGAAGUCCUUGUCGUUAACAGCAUCCUUCAACUCCAUUGUGUGGUCAAAGAAAGUCGAGGCGCACUGAACUCAGUUUUGCAGAUCAUCCACGAGCUCUCCCCGAAGGUUUUAGUCCUAGUCGAGCAGGACUCGAGCCACAAUGGUCCGUUCUUUCUAGGAAGAUUCAUGGAAGCGUUACAUUAUUAUUCAGCAAUUUUCGAUUCUCUUGAUGCUAUGCUGCCUAAAUAUGACACGAAACGUGCUAAGAUGGAACAACUUUACUUCGGAGAGGAAAUCAAGAACAUCGUCAGCUGUGAGGGGCCAGCUAGGAUAGAAAGGCAUGAGAGGGUCGACCAAUGGCGCCGGAGGAUGAGCCGAGCCGGAUUUCAGCCAGCUCAGUUAAAAAUGCUGACUCAAGCCAGGCGAUGGCUGAAUAACAUUAAUGCAACUGAAGGCUAUACCGUUGUGGAAGAAAAGGGCUGCUUGGUGAUGGGGUGGAAAUCUAAGCCUAUUGUGGCUGCUUCUUGCUGGAAAUGCUGA